AUGGCGCACAUGGACACCUGGCUUGGUCCCACCCCCGGCUCAAACCUCUGGAAUGUGCGAAGAAUGGAGGCGAAGGUUCGAUUUCCGGAAUGUCGGGGGGAGGGUGGUCGUUGGCUGGUUGCGGAUGCGACGAUGGACUCAUCCUCGCCGGAUCAAGGAAACAGUGACAUUGCCUUGAGGUAA